AUACAUAAGUUUUUACCUUGAAACAUCGGUGACCCAUUGCUACUAGAUAAGGAGGCUCGUUAAGCGAAAAGGUCUUUUGUUCCGUCUACAACUAUUUGAAUGUACUCAUUGUUUAUUUGAUUUCAGGAUUGUGCAUAAUAUAUUAAAGCGCCUAUUCUAUUGUAUGCGCAACAUAAUAUAACACAAUCCAACGCAAGAUACUGCGUUCGUGCUUAUUGUUUGUUUUCUUUCUAUUAUUCAUUGUUACUCCGUGAAUUAAUACUCACUCACGGUAUACGAAUCUUCGCUAACUGCACUAUUGCCUACCGGUGAUUUGAUAAGCUAGUAAUUUUACAAAGCCGACUGGAUUUUCUACCUACAGAAUAAAGCUGUUGAAGUGUUAUAAGCUCACUCACUAGUUUGGGUGGGCUUUUAUUAUGAGUGAUUGUCGUCGUUUAACCUCCAUUUAUGUAUGUAUUGACAAUUGCACUCAAUUAGUGGGAUUCAACAAGUAAUGCAGUACACUAGUAGACUAGUGAAACGGUAGUAUAAUAACAUUUCACUAAGGUUGUGUUGUUCAUAGUCUAUUCCAGAGAAAUUUAAAUACCUUCUAGCGCUAACCGUUAAUUUUCGUGGCUAGCGAUGCUAGCAAAAGUUAUUAUAGAUCCCCAUAAAUAACUUGGAUUAAGUAAACAAAGUCGCUAUAUCACUGUCCUCCGUUUUCGAAGAUACCUCGUUAUUGAUUCCUGGAGACUAGUAUUCGGUUCUACAGAUAUUGUGGUAAUAAUUCAUAUGUAAAUGCUUUCUUGAUGGUACACCUGCCUUACGUUAAUGGGAUAUUAAACCUCAUGGGUCGCAGUACAACUGGUCAAUCUAGUCCUAUGAUUGAAGUUAAACCGUCAUUUUGUUGGGAUUCAAUGUUGGUACGACUAGCUGGAUUCUCUGGGGCAUUGGCUGUUAUUGCGAGCGCUUAUGGUGCUCAUGGCUUCAAAGAUGAACAAGAUAAACAAAGACAAAUUUUCAAAACUGGGGCUUAUUAUCAUUUGGUUCAUUCGGUGGCUUUGCUAACCACGCCUUUAUUCAGACGUCCUGUUUUGUCUGCUACUCUUUUCGCCACUGGAACUCUACUAUUCUCUGGUUCAUGCUAUUAUGUGGCUCUAACUGGAGAUGAUCGAUUUUCUAGAAUAGCACCUAUUGGUGGCAUGACCCUUGUGUUCGCCUGGCUUUCUUUGGUUUUCUAACAAUUGCGCCAACUAUUUUGAGAGCUGUUUAUUACUAAUCGUUCAUUUUUCUACAAAUUAAUCGGUAUACCAUAAACAUGUCAUUUUAUUUUUAUUCUCAGCAUACUAGUUAAUAAAUAGUUUAUAAUUGGAGUACCUUUGUCUACCGUUCUCUUUCGAAUAUUACACAGUCUAAUGAAGAAAUGCGGAAAUCUGUUUUUAUGUGAAAAUUUAGGUUACCUUAGUGGGUAUCAAAACAUGUAAUGCUUCUAGUUGAAGAUCAUGUGAAUAUCUUCCACACUUCUUUUAUUCUAUAACUUUAAUCUUGUAUUAGAUCCUAAUAGGGUGCUCUUAGGGCUUCGAUUCAAGAAUGUAGCUUUAAUCAUUCGCUUGCAACGUAGAACCCAAUACAUGCCCUGGCUCAAGUUGCCAUACCAAAUUAGCACAGCUAGAUUAAAUUAUCAAGACAAACACUAAAGUGGCAGAAGUAACAGUAGUGGUAGUAGAGAAACUGUAUACGAGUAUUUCGACACUCAGGUUCUAAAUUAAUGCAAAGAGUGAACAUAAUUGUGUCACUGCGAGCAGCUUUAAGAUAUGUCACUUAGAAUCUUGAACCUUUGGUUACGAUAAUCAUGCGGACGCCAAUCAGGUAGUCUACACCGGUGUACAUGGCUCAGUCCAGUUGCCAGUUUCCUUAAAGACUGGUGCCACAUCUUAGUUUGGCUUUCCCUAGCUUUCUCCCGAUUAACUCUUACACCAGGCAAUAUUCGUCGAGGUAAGUGGUGGUUGGACAUACGCAGUUCAACAUUAUUUAGUAUGUUAUGCCUAACUUCCACAUCGCUCACAAAAAAUACACAAGCAAUUGUUCGAAGACACAUGAUGGGAUACUAGUAACCUAUAAAUAUCCUCUUUCCUUAAUGGCUACACCUAUGAAGUAAAAUGGAGCAAAAUUCACUAAACAGGAUUGUCUCAUCUGUAUGUUUCAAGUCAAAAAGUAGAUUUCCUGAUAAGCAGCCAGUCACUGAAACGUUAGACGAUGAGACCGUUAUCUUCAAAAGAAUAUCUAUGACAAAGUUAAAUAUAGAUGCAGGAGGUAAACGGCUUUAAAGAAAACUUGAUGUUGAUUACUUAGGCUUGAUAGCGUGUUCAGACCGUAACGAUAACUCACUUGGUGUCACCAUCUUGAGAUGCCAGCCGUAGUGACUUGGCGUUGUAUCACGAAUGUUACCCUAGUAGAUAUCACAUUUUGCAAUAAUUAUUGAUAUUGGGUGGGAAAAUUCUAGUUGGUCAGUUUUCUUUUCCUUGGUCUUCAUAAAAAUAGUUUUUUUAACUGGAAGAAAUCUUGGUAUAUUGUUAGCUGAACUGCGCCGUCUACUAUAUACUACUAUUGGCCACUUAUUUACUUCUUUCCCUUUGAAUAUAUUCCUUUUUCCUCUUCAUACUGUUGUCUCUAUAUUUCGAACAGCGCGUUCUAUUUUCUUGGCUGUCCCCCCUGUACUAGGUUUUAUGUGCUUUGAGUAAGUCAAAGCUGUUGGUUGAGACUACAUCAAGUACCGAUUUCAAAUAUUGCAUGCGUGACUUAGUUUCAAAUAAGAAAUAUCAAGUUCGAGCUAAAAAGUUAUAAGCCUCAACAUUAUUUCGCUCACAAAUUUACCUGUUCUUCCGUUUGACUCAAUAGCUCUAGCAUGCGAAAGCAAUUGGUGCGAUUCUCUUGAUAAAGGCUUUAAAACAUGUAAGAAAAUCAAUUUUACAAGACUGGCAAAGGUCCAUACAUGUACUCAAUUUUGGUAAUGAGCAGUUAAAGUAGUCGAGAAGAUCGUAUGUCUGGGUAGCUGCGUAAUAGCUGGUAGUGGCCCGAGUGAUGAGAUCAGUUCACGUAUAGUGAAGUCCACAGCGCCUUACACCAAUCUGGGCCAUCUUUGGCGCCUUCGUGAUGUUAGUCUGGUUGCAAAAAGUCAGAUCUACAACGCGUUGGGGAGAGCAGUCCUGUCCUUGUGAGACCUGACCUCUCUGAGUUGGGGAUGUUAGAGAACUCUUUGUGUUUGAUCAUCGUUGUCCCCGAAGGAUUGCUGACAUCUAGUGGCAACACCAUGUUAGUAAUGCAGAGGUUCGGCGUCUCGUAUUUGGGAACAAAGAUGAUGAUUCAACCGGUGUCACCAUCUUGAAACAUCGACUUUAGCGGCUUGAACAUGCACUACGAGUUUCGUCCCAGAGAAUUGCACUUUGUCGAUUAUUCGCCGACGCUGGGGCUGGGUUGGAAAGGCAGGGAGGUGUUCAGUAUAUGGCAUGGUGUCGUGCUAUGAAAGGAAACUGUACAGGACUGGCUUCUGUUGGUCCUGCACGACUCAUUGGUUGGGGUCCUAGAGAUGGUGCGACAGAGUGACUAGAAACGUUAUCGGAUAUUGCUCAGAGUGGAAGCCAGUAGCAAUUAUUCUAUAACUUCAUAAAGAUGAAUGGACCUUCCUUAGCUGAAGGGACUCAUUCUGGUUGUAUUUUGGUAAUUGAACUGUUUCACCUAUUAUUAUUGCUAUUACUAUUAUGAUUAUUAUUUCACUCUCAUUCACUAAUUUCUGUUCGUUGUUCUUUUUAUCAUACACACUUUACAUUUUCUAUCUUUUUACAAUCUCACUGUUAUUGUGUGGCGCAUAUGUAUUAAGACGCCUUCUUAUGCCAAUAUUUAUUUGUUCAACUAAAUAAAAAGGUAGGCAGGCAUUUAAAAAAGUUAAAAUUGCUGAACGCUUGGUUUUUAAUUUUAAUAAUUUUCAUGCCUCAAAUAUAAUUUUUGUAUUGGAGAACUAUUUCUUUU